AUGAAGCAGUAUUACGUGCUCGCCUCCUCAUUCCUCCCCCUCCCUCCCCAUCCCACCCCACCUCUUUCCUCCCAUAUCCCACCCCUCCCAGGAGGACGGCUUCCGGCCUGGGCUGGUGGGAGGGCUGCUGGCGUGCGAGCGAGUGCUGGCGAUAGUGGCAGGGCGGUACUUCACACUCGCCAUCACGCAGCACGGCCGCCUCUUCACCUGGGGCAUCCCCCAGCAUCCAGCCCCCACCCGCCCGCCAUGUUCACGUCAACCACGCGGCGCCAGCCCGGCGGCGGGGGCAGGCACCGCGGGCUGUUGACUCUCAACUCGGCCUUCCACGCGUCCGUCCCCUCGGGCGCCUCGCCGCCGUGGCGCGUGCGGGACGGCAGCGAGGCGGGGUACCUGUACGGAUGGACGGGGCCCGCGCUCGGCGUACCCCAUGGCGUGGAAGCAGCCCGUUGCCCACGGCGGAAGCGCAGGGGCGGGGGCGGGGGGGGGGGGAAUAAUUCCGCGGACGAGUUCGCGCUGGCGAUGCGCGUGGGGGGCGUGCUGCAGCGCGUGGGGGUGUCGACGGUGGCGGCGAGCGGGCACACCCUGGCAGUGACUCCGGGGGGCGUGGUGCUGUCGUGGGGGCGCGACUGGGACGCGCGCACGCGCCACGCGGGGCUGCUGGGGCGCGCGGACUGCGCGUUCUGGCGGCCUGCGCCGGAAGACAGCUUCCGGCCGGGGCUGCUGGCCCAGGAGCGAGUGCUGGCGAUAGUGGCAGGGCGGUACUUCACACUCGCCAUCUCGCAGCACAGCCGCCUCUUCACCUGGGGCGCCAACCUCUACUCCGGCGACGCGCCCUGGCGCCACGAGCACGACUCUGGCUUUGAUAAUGAUGCUGAUGCUGCUGCUGACGAGUUCCCAGAGAAAGCACCCGCGGGCACGGCCGGGAGCAGCAGUGAGAGGGAGGCGUGGCGGGGAUUCGGGUUGACCCUAGAGCAACACAGAUCGUGGCUGGGAGUGGCGCUCGGGGUUCCCCUGGACCGCCCUGCUGCUGUGCGCGUGCCCCCGCAUCUGGGCUCCCAUCCUGCUGCUGGUGGUGGUGGAGGGGAGGAGGGGAGAGCGGUGGGGCCGGAGGUGCAGUCGGUGGCAGCGGCGCACCACACGACGUUUGCAGUGACGGCGGACUACAAGGCCGUGUCGUGGGGCGAGGCGGGGCCACUGCUGGGGCGAGUGUGGGGGGACGGCCAGGGGCAGGUGCCGGCGAAUCGGCCGGGGGUUGUGGGGAGUGGAGGGGGAGGAGGGGCGGCGGGAGGGGAGAGGGUGGUUGGGUUGGAUCGGCAGACGGUGGGAGCAGGUGUCGGCUGGGGAGGGCUUUGCUGUGGCGAGGCUGAGCCAUGGCGUGGUGUACUCGUGGUGAGUGGCGCAGUCGGCAACCGGGCAGUUGGCAGGGGAGCCGACCGCAGGGGAGAAGUCGGCCGGGACGUCGACUGA